GGUUGAUACUCACGUUUAUUAGCGGGGUGUCGAUAAUUAUUUCUGCACGUCGUAUAAAGCCAGUACGAUCCGUUAUACCUUGACAGAGCUGGAAAAUCCUUGGCGAGGCAGACUCAUCGAAGCAGCAAGAGAAACGUCGCACAAUUUCAUCAUCGCGAUGAAAGACGGUUUGCUGAUGGGAGGUGUCAUAUUUUCCACUAUCCUGCUAUUGUUUGUUGGAACAUUGAACGCGAAACCUGUGGAUUAUGAAGACGUGGCGAAUUUAUUGCCGACGGAACCUCAAACUACGAACGAUACGUUGGCUGCCAUUGUGCAGGAUCCGGUGGUACAGGAUGCUGUGCAAGACGCGGUCGGCAAUGGAUCCUUGGAAGGCUUGGUAGUGAAAAAGAAGGUCUUUGUUAUGCCCGCCACUGAACCCAAUAAGGUGAUGUCGCAACGCGAACAGGUUCUCGUCGUUCCCAUGAUGCAUUUAGAAGAUGUGCGGAAAAAUAUAACAGAGACUGCAAAUGCGGGAACAGAUGUGGAUGACUUGACAUUUACAGAUAUCCAAUCCUUUACCAAGAACGAUGAAGUUGAAUAUGAAAACUCGAUAAAUGAAAAUAAUUCGUUCCAUCCAUCGCAGCCUGGUGAUUUCUACGAAGCAUUAACGGAGAUUUCUAAGACUACGCGGAAGCCAAUGUUUCCUAUCGAUAAAAUACCGCAAGAAAUUCCAUAUCUCAUAGUAAAUCCGAUUCAGGAAAUAACGCUUCCGGAGCAUUCAUCGCCCACGAUAUCGGUGCCGAUCAUAGCAUUUCUCGAUCCCGCAAAGAUCUCUGAUGAUAGAAUUGAUGUGCCAAUCGUGACAACAUUAUCAAAAGAUGAUGCCUUGAAGAACCAAUUGGAGAAGGGACGCGACGAAAUUCAACGGAACGUUCAAGAUUACAUCGAUGGAAACUCGUGGAGCGUGGAUCCCAAUAACUGGCGACUUACUUCUUCCCAUUCAAAGAUGCAAGUAUCUUCACUAUAUGAUCCGACUACAAUAAAGAUCGAACAUAAAAAUGAAAAUCCGUUACCAAUCGCAAUGCCUAGUAUUGAUAUUGCAACACCUCUCUUUUGGACCUCGGAUGAGGAUACUAAUUAUCCUAAAGAUCCAUAUGACAUGGAUACCGCUGCAGAUAUCGUUUUCAGACCGCUUUUUAGAUACCGACAGGAGGCGCAGCAGAGAUCUUAUAGAAGAUCGACUUAUCGAAGAUAUAAUUCCUAUGAUUCUUAUCCGAGACGCAACCAUCGAUAUAGAUCUCGAUAUUCGAACGAUUAUUAUUAGCGUAUUAAUAUUCUUAAUAAAUAUUAUGAUAUUUUUGAUAUCUGAUAUUAUAUAAUACGCUUAUUGUUAUAAAUAUUUUGUUAUAAUAUUAACAUUAUCAAGUUAAGCUACGUAAGUUAUGCUAUGUAAAACUAGGAAUUAUUAAAUAUAUCAUUUAUGUCAAUUUUCAGAUUAUUAAACCGAUUUUCUUGGUUUAAAAAUAAUAAAAUAUACUCAAUUAAUAU